UUUGAGGCAAUCAAAUGUGAUAUAUCACCAGAAAACUUGCCAUCACUCGGCAAAGAAAGUCUGAAGCAAUAUUGUAAGGAAUUGAGGCUAAAGGUCACCGGGGAAAAGCAAGAACUUGUUGAAAAGUUGGCUCCUCUAGGGAAAUCUGCUGAACUAUUCCAGAAGAAAGUACUUAUAAAUUCUCCACCUCACUUGAACCCUCGGAAGUUCCUUCUCCAUCGGCAAAUUGGAAAAUAGUAGGAAGAAAUGAAGAUCCUAACGUCCCUGUGGUUAACGAAAAUACUAUUCGAGACUACCAAAAAGCCAAAUACGCAGGUAAAAAAGGUCAGUACCGAAAGGCGCACCUUAUGUUUUCUUCGAGGCGAAUAACGUCUGUGAAAAUGAUGGAAAGCAAUUCUAAACGCUCAUUUGUAAAAGCAAACAUCCUCAAAUCCUACACAGGAAGUAUUUCCCGUCCUGUAACCAUAAUGUUUGUUGGUAAUACACCUACCCAAGCAUAUUGUCCUUGUGCAGUGGGGAAAAGUGGAGUGUGCUGUCAUGCAAUCGCCUUGCUGAUGCAGUUGAAUUAUUUUAGAGAACAUAAGAAGCUGUUUCUUCAUGACUUGCACAGAAAAAUUACAAAAAUGGCACCUGAAAGGACCUGCAUGUAA